AUGGGUCAGGAAGCACGGGCCAUCAGCGGCCGUGAUGGACGCGUUGGCCGAGACUGCCUGCGGCAACGCCUGUGGCAGCUCUUCGCCUUAUGCUUGCGCCGCAUCGUGACAACCGACAUCUUCAUAUCCAUCAAACAACACAACCCAUUACCAGCGCAGCUCGACCACACAGCCUCUAACUCCCUCGCAGACGGUCAAACCUCCUCCACCACCGAGGACAACGGCGGCCAGUCUCCCUCGAGCUCAUCCCCUCCGACGUCAGCCCCAAUCCCAACCUCAGCUGAAGCUCCCCGAGCAGCCUCCAUCACCAUGGCGCUCGACAACUACUACCACAACAAGAUCGAGGCAAUGAAGCUCGAGAUCCUCAAGGGUCAGGCUGUCUUGCGCCGUCUCGAGGCCCAGAGAAAUGACUACAACUCAAGGGUGCGGCUUCUCCGCGAAGAGCUGGGUCUGUUGCAGCAACCGGGCUCCUACGUUGGAGAGGUCGUCAAGGUAAUGAGCACCAAGAAGGUGCUGGUUAAGGUCCAUCCCGAGGGCAAAUAUGUCGUCGACGUAUCAGACUCGGUUGAUAUCGCCAAGCUCACAGUCGGCAAACGGGUUACCCUCCUGUCAGACUCCUACAAACUCGAGAAGAUCCUGCCUUCCUCCGUGGAUCCCCUCGUCUCCCUCAUGAUGGUGGAAAAGGUGCCCGACUCAACCUACGACAUGAUUGGAGGUUUGGACCAACAGAUCAAAGAGAUCAAAGAAGUCAUCGAGCUUGGCCUCAAGCACCCCGAACUCUUCGAAUCCCUCGGAAUCGCACAACCAAAGGGUGUCCUACUCUACGGCCCACCAGGAACAGGCAAGACCCUCCUGGCAAGGGCAGUAGCCCACCACACAGACUGCAAAUUCAUCCGAGUGUCCGGAUCGGAGCUCGUGCAAAAAUACAUCGGCGAGGGUUCCCGAAUGGUGCGCGAGCUGUUCGUCAUGGCGAGAGAGCACGCCCCAUCCAUCAUCUUCAUGGACGAGAUCGACAGCAUCGGCAGCUCGCGGGUCGAAGGCUCCAGUGGUGGCGACUCGGAGGUCCAGCGCACGAUGCUGGAGCUGCUCAACCAGCUCGACGGUUUCGAGCCCACCAAGAACAUCAAGGUCAUCAUGGCAACGAACCGGCUCGAUAUCCUCGACCCGGCGCUGCUGCGACCCGGCCGAAUCGACAGGAAGAUCGAGUUCCCCCCACCGAGCGUCGAGGCUCGAGCCGACAUCCUGCGCAUCCACUCUCGCAAGAUGAACCUGACCCGUGGACUGAAUCUCACCAAGAUUGCCGAGAAGAUGAACGGCUGCUCCGGUGCCGAGCUCAAGGGCGUGUGCACCGAGGCUGGCAUGUACGCCCUGCGUGAGAGGAGAGUGCACGUCACGCAGGAGGACUUUGAGCUGGCCACGGCCAAGAUCCUGAACAAGCACGACGGCAGCAAGGAGGUCAGCUUACAGCGUCUGUUCAAGUAG